AUGUAUAUCAACACACCAGUUGAUGCUCUUCAAUGUAGAAAACUCAAUGAAUCGUGUAGUAAAACUGUAUUCAGCAGGUGUUGUGACAAUCUAGUCUGUAAAAUGGGUGGAGUGAAUAAAUGCGUCAAGUGUCUGGAUUUUGGUGAUACGUGUAUAAAAAGUAGCGAAUGUUGUCAUGGAAAGUGUAGACUGUUCGCUUGUAAAAAUAUUAAAUAA